ACCGCACCAUGCUUACCAAAAUAUACUGUUGAAACGCCAUCAAUUAUACCACAUUGUGACCCGAUAGUGUGACCGAUAUCGCAAUAAAGGCAGUUCUGUUUGAAAAUUAUGAUAAGCGACAGCUGCCGUUCAUAUUAAAGAAAUAAUAAUUAAAUAUGUACAUAUAUAUAACUAAGUACAUCUUCAGUUCCCAAGUAAAGCGAAAAACCCGAAAAUUACACAUUAAUUGCCGUUGUUUCCGCAACAAAAUGGCCGCUAUAGUAGGCAGGUAGAUAGGUGCCUUGCACCUUGUAAAAUGUCGCGGAAGAUAAGUUUUUGCAUUGCAGCUGUCACAGAGAUUAAAGAGGAGAUGCUGGUCUGCUGACAAUCAUUGAGCGUACAACAACUCCAAACAAAGUUUAUUUAGCAAUUAUUCAAUAAACCUAAUUAAAGUGUUAUAGUAAAAUCAUUAGACAACAUUUUAACUUUAAACAAAAACAGCUCUAAGACCAUCUUGUGUGAAAUUGUUUCUAAAAUGUCUGUAAUUGAUACUCCAAACAAAAAGGAACCAAAUUUUCGAUCGCUGAAACCGUCAGGACAUGUGGGAUUUGAUAGUCUCCCUGAUCAGUUGGUUAAUAAAAGCGUUGAAAAUGGAUUUGUAUUCAAUAUCAUGUGCAUAGGCGAGACCGGUCUUGGCAAAUCCACAUUAAUGGAUACACUGUUUAAUACCAGUUUCGAAUCUACGCCGAGUCCUCACAUAUUGCCCAGUGUUAAAUUAAAAGCGCACACUUAUGAAUUACAAGAAAGUAAUGUUCGACUUAAACUGACGAUCUGUGAUACUGUUGGAUAUGGCGAUCAGAUCAACAAGGACGAUUCUUUCAAAGCUGUUGUCGAUUAUCUCGACGUUCAGUUCGAGAUCUAUUUGCAGGAAGAAUUAAAAAUUAAGCGCUCACUUACAACGUGUCAUGACAGUCGCAUUCACAUUUGUCUCUACUUUAUCUGUCCAACGGGACACGGCUUAAAGUCUUUGGACUUGGUCUGCAUGAAGAAGUUGGAUAGCAAGGUUAAUAUUAUCCCAGUGAUUGCCAAAGCUGAUACUAUUUCGAAGGAGGAACUACAAAGAUUCAAGGCCAAAAUCAUCCAGGAACUGAAGAGCAAUGGUGUUCAGAUCUAUCAUUUCCCCACAGACGACGAAACUGUUGCAGACACCAAUAGCUUGAUGAAUGCGCAUUUUCCCUUUGCUGUUGUUGGCAGCACUGAGUUUAUUAAGGUGGGGAAUAAACUCAUCCGUGCUCGUCAGUAUCCAUGGGGUACUGUCCAAGUGGAGAAUGAAAACCAUUGCGAUUUUGUGAAGCUACGAGAGAUGCUCAUUCGAACCAAUAUGGAAGAUAUGCGCGAGAAGACACACAUAAAACAUUAUGAACUAUAUCGGCAGAAACGUUUAGAGCAGAUGGGUUUUAUUGAUGUGGACAGCGAGAACAAGCCAGUUUCAUUUCAACAAACGUUCGAGGUCAAGCGCUCCAAUCAUUUGGCUGAAUUGCAAUCUAAGGAAGAGAAAGUGCGCCAAAUGUUUGUCCAGCGAGUAAAGGAAAAGGAAACGGAGCUCAAAGAUAGCGAGAAAGAUUUGCAUUUGAAGUUCGAAAAGUUGAAGAAUGAUCAUGCUGAGGAGAAACGUAAGCAUGAAGAAUCUCGCAAAGCUCUGGAAGAGGAAUUUUUAGAAUUUCAAAGGCGUAAGCAACAGGUGGCUGCCUCCCACAAUACCAUGACUCUGGGCAAAAGCAAGAAAAAAUAGCAAACACAUUGGCUAUAAGCAAUGUCUUCGAGUAUUUUCUGCAUUUUUAUUAUGAUUAGCUUAAUGCCAUUUUUAAUUUCAUAUAAUACAACAACCAAAUUAUUUUAAAUAAAUGUAUU